AUGCCAACACUCAUGUCUGACGAAAAGACUGUCGCUGCCGCCACCUCCACGACCACUACAACUAAUUCCUCAAGACAACGCCCGGGAUCAGCAUGCGAGGAGUGUCGAAGGAGGAAGCUGAGAUGCGAUAGACAGCCUCAAUGUGGCAACUGUGUCGAAGCCGGGGUCGUAUGUACCACGACUACGGUGCGGCCUGCACGAGGCCCGAAGAAAGGUCAUCUCAAGGCCUUGAAAGGCAGAAUAGCCACACUCGAGCGGUGCAUAAUGGAACAGCAGGGUGGUAUUUCUUUGCCAGUUAGUGACGGAUCAUUGUCACCGGAAAACCCACAGCCAUGUAGUCCAGACGCGGAGAAUGGAUUGGAUAAAACAUUCGAGAGACGGACGUCUGUUGCAUCGAUUUCGCCGUCCGUGCAAGUCCCAUAUACCAUUUCAGAACUCGUGAAAGCUGACCUAUUGCUUGACGUGAUUGAGUCUAAAGACAAUGAGAUGGACUUCUUCGACAUAGAACAGGCGCAGGCAUGGCUAUUGAUCACAAUCUAUCAGUUUAUGAGGACUACCUAUCGCAAAGGCUGGCUGAGUGCCGGCCGUCUGUUCCGACUCAUUCAGUUAAUGAGGCUAUAUGAACUCGACAGUCCCAAUGAGAUAGCCAACCAGAUAAUUGAACCAGACUGGGUUGAGCUAGAAGAGAAGAGACGAACAUUUUGGAUGGCAUACACCCUGGAUAGGUUUGCCAAUAUCCGCAGAGGAUGGCCCAUCACUUUAACGGAGCAGGUCCUGACGCGCCUACCUAUGCCUGAAGUUGAGUUCCAGAGCGGGCAGCCUGUCGUUAUGGGCUUUCUGUCAGACUCGCUAGCGGGCAGUGACUUCAUUUCCACUCCUCAGUCAUCAUUCUCGGAAUGCAUCAUUUUAGCUACUAUAUGCGGACGUACCAUCUCCCAUAAACAUCUAUCUAUGGUGGAUGGCAUGUAUGGUAGCAACCCGCAAGAGUUCUGGAGCCGACAUGAGUGGAUCGACACUGCUCUAGCAACAAGGAUUUCUAUGUUGUCAUUAACAUACCCAUUCCAGCCAGAGCAUAUGGAUCCCAUGCUCUUGUUCACAAAGAUGAUAGCACAGACCACCAUUCUAUGUCUGCAGAAGAUAAUCGAGUCAACGACGUGGGAAACUGGCGAAUAUAAUAAUCUCAUCCUUGAAUAUGAACAGCGAUCUCGAUUAGCAGCGAAAGAGACCGUCGAAUUGGCCAAGGAGCUGACACAUCUGAGCUACUUCAAGGUUCAUCCUUUCACGCCCAUCCCCCUGUGUAUUUGCGCCGAGUUUUUGAACACGCGAGAUAGAGAGAUCGACCCUUCGCUUAGCACGCAGCUGCAGGAAAUCCUCAACGCACUGCAGUACUUGAAGAAUGUGAACACUUUGGCAAACGAGAACCCCACUAUUCCUUUUUGGAUCGACUUGAAUAUGGAUAAUUUUGUCGUUGAUGCUCCUGUGAAGGUCGUCCGCGAGGACAUGGUAGUUAGGAUAAUAAUAAUACGUGAUUUUCCGUUUCAAUCACGUCUUCCAUUGCAUGGGGGUUUUUUUUGGAGCUCCUCCCCAGUAUUCAAAGCAAUGCUCAAUGGGAAUUUCAAAGAAGGUCAAAGCAACGCCUCAUCCAAAGACCAUGCACAAGAGAUAUGUUUACCCGAAGACGACACUACAUCGUUUGUUCUUCUGAGCAAGAUACUCCAUCAUCAACAGAGCGUGACUUCGAAGUUUCCAGACGCCUCAGCCCUUUUAGCAUUGGCAACUCUUUGCGACAAAUACCAGUGUGUCGGUGCCGUGGGAGUCUACUUCGACAAAUGGAUACUGGACAACCUGAAUUCUAGCGAAGGGACAUCUUCGCCUGAAAAGAUUUCGAAGCUCCUCCUAGUUUCGUAUAUUGCAAAUAUUGCGAACGCAUUCAAGUCGAUUUCAGAAGGUAUCUUGAGUGCUCUUCGCACGCAGGCAAGAACCCUGAAGGAACGCAACUGUUGGUAUGGAGAUUGA